CUUGUUUUGACACAUUUUUGUUUUGCUUGACAAGCUAACCCAAUUUUUUUCAAUCAAAGCUAGCUGGUCAACACCCCAUUGAAACUAAAUAUAGCUAGCUACAUGUGUUUCUGUAAUUUCAAACUAUCUAAGUAAUGUUACUGAUGUGCUAGCCAGCAAGUGUAUCGUUGGGCACAUUUGGAAUACAAUGCCAUCUUCGAUGGAAGGAUCUUCUAGAGAAGGUGAACCGUUUACUGUGAAACAUGAGCUGAAAAAUGCCAACCUGACCGGCCACAUAGAGAGGGUGGGAAUUGAGAACUUCGAGCUGCUAAAGGUGCUAGGAACUGGAGCCUAUGGCAAGGUGUUCCUGGUGCGUAAAGUGAGCGGUCAUGAUGCAGGUCAACUAUACGCCAUGAAGGUGUUGAAGAAGGCCACAAUCGUACAGAAGGCCAAGACAGCAGAACACACACGCACAGAGAGACAGGUUCUGGAGCACAUCAGACAGUCACCGUUCCUUGUCACCCUCCACUAUGCCUUCCAGACAGACACCAAGCUGCACCUCAUACUAGAUUAUGUGAACGGUGGGGAGCUCUUCACACACCUGGUACAGAGGGUUCGGUUCAAAGAGCAGGAGGUAUCUCUGUAUAGUGGAGAGAUAGUCCUGGCGCUGGAGCACCUACACACGCUGGGGAUAGUCUACAGAGACCUGAAGCUGGAGAACAUCCUCAUGGACUCCAGCGGGCACAUAGUGCUCACGGACUUUGGCCUCAGCAAAGAGUUUGAUGAGUUGGAGAGGACUUACUCUGUCUGUGGCACCAUUGAGUACAUGGCCCCAGAGAUCGCAGAGGGAGGAGAGGCUGGCCAUGACAUGGCUGUAGACUGGUGGAGCCUUGGAGUAUUAAUGUAUGAACUUUUGACGGGUGGAUCACCAUUCACUGUCGAUGGAGACCAGAACUCUCAUACAGAUAUCGCCAAGAGGAUCUCGAAGAAGGACCCUCCGUUCCCCAAAGACAUGAGCCCUCUGGCCAAAGACCUCAUCCAGCGCCUCCUCAUCAAAGACCCAAAGAAGAGACUGGGCUCUGGGCCUGACGGAGCUGACAACGUUAAGAAACAUCCAUUCUACCAGAAGAUAAACUGGGAGGACCUGGCAGCUAAGCGGGUGCUCGCCCCGUUCAAGCCGGUGAUCAGGGAUGAGCUGGAUGUCAGCAACUUUGCGGAGGAGUUCACCGAAAUGGACCCCACCUACUCCCCUGCAGCGAUGCCUCAGAACUGUGACCGCGUCUUUCAGGGUUACUCGUUCAUGGCCCCCUCCAUCUUGUUCAAGAGAAAUGCUGUGAUGGAUGACACGCUGCAGCUGUGUGAAGGAUCAAGAUCACAGAGACCAGGGUCUGCUGCUGUGGCCCGCAGCGCCAUGAUGAAGGACUCUCUGUUUUAUAUGAACUAUGAGAUGGACCUGAAGGACAAUGCCCUUGGUGAAGGAAGCUUCUCUAUCUGUAGGCAGUGCACCCACAAGAAGACUGGACAGGUGUACGCUGUGAAGAUCGUCAGUAAGAGGAUGGAGGCUCAGACACAGAAAGAGAUCACAGCUCUGAAGCUCUGCGACGGCCACCCCAACAUCAUCAAGACUCACGAGAUUUACCAUGACCAGCUGCAUACGUACCUGGUGUUGGAGCUGCUGCGUGGUGGAGAGCUGCUGGAGAGGAUCCGGAGGAAGCAGCACUUCAGUGAGACUGAGGCCAGCCGCAUCAUGAGGAGACUGGUGUCAGCCGUCAGCCACAUGCACGACGUAGGAGUGGUGCACAGAGACCUCAAACCAGAGAACCUGCUGUUCACAGAUGAGAGUGAGAACGCUGAGAUAAAGAUCAUAGACUUUGGGUUCGCCCGGCUGAAGCCUCCAGACAACCAGCUGCUGAAGACACCGUGUUUCACCCUGGCCUACGCCGCGCCGGAGAUCCUCAAAUACGACGGCUACGACGAGUCAUGUGACCUCUGGAGCCUGGGGGUCAUCCUGUACACCAUGCUGUCGGGUCAGGUGCCAUUCCAGUGUCAGGGGAAGAGUCUGGCCCGCACCAGUGCUGAAGAGAUCAUGAAGAAGAUUAAACAGGGAGACUUCUCUUUCGAGGGAGAGGCUUGGCGGAGUGUCUCACAGCAGGCCAAAGACCUCAUACAAGAGCUCCUGACUGUGGACCCUGGCAAGCGGAUCAAGAUGUGUGGUCUGAGGUACAACGCCUGGCUCCAAGACGACAGCCAGCUCUCCUCCAACCCUCUGAUGACACCUGACAUCCUGGGUUCUUCCACCACCGUGUCUGUACACACCUACGUCAAGGCUACCUUCAAUGCGUUCAACAAGUGUACACGGGAGGGUUUCCGUCUGCAGACUGUGGACAAGGCCCCCCUGGCCAAGAGGAGGAAGUUGAAGAAGACCAGCACCAGCACAGAGACCAGGAGCAGCUCCGGAGAGAGCACCCGCUCCUCCUCCUCCUCCUCCCAGUCCCACCCGGACACCCGCUCCUCCUCCUCCUCCUCCCAGUCGCACCAGGACACCCGCUCCUCCUUCUCCACCUCCUCCUCCUCCUCCUCCAGCUUGUCGCACCACAACACCCACUCAUCCUUUUCCUUCUCCCAGUCUCACCAGGACACCCUAUUCUCCUCCUCCUCCCUGUCCCACCAGGACACCCUCUUCUCCUCCUCCCUGUCCCACCAGGACACCCUCUUCUCCUCCACCCUGUCCCACCAGGACCCCCACUCCUCCUCCACCCUGUCCCACCAGGACCCCCACUCCUCCUCCACCCUGUCCCACCAGGACACCCACUCCUCCUCCACCCUGUCCCACCAGGACACCCACUCCUCCUCCACCCUGUCCCACCAGGACACCCACUCCUCCUCCACCCUGUCCCACCAGGACACCCACUCCUCCUCCACCCUGUCCCACCAGGACACCCACUCCUCCUCCACCCUGUCCCACCAGGACACCCACUCCUCCUCCACCCUGUCCCACCAGGAGAAGACUGGGGGAGACGGUAUCGCCGACCCUCCACCCCAACCUUCCAUCAGCUCCACCACCACCCCUGUCACCACACCCCUCUCCAUGGGCUCAGACAACGACCCCGCCCCGGAACGCUCGCCGCCUCCAGCCUUAUACUUCUCAGACUGAGAGAGAGAGACUGAGAGAGAGAGAGACUGAGAGAGAGAGAGACUGAGAGAGAGAGAGACUGAGAGAGAGAGAGACUGAGAGAGAGAGAGACUGAGAGAGAGAGAGACUGAGAGAGAGAGAGACUGAGAGAGAGAGAGACUGAGAGAGAGAGAGACUGAGAGAGAGAGAGACUGAGAGAGAGAGAGACUGAGAGAGAGAGAGACUGAGAGAGAGAGAGACUGAGAGAGACUGAGAGAGAGAGCGACUGAGAGACUGAGAGAGAGAGCGACUGAGAGACUGAGAGAGAGAGAGAGAGAGAGAGAGAGACAGAGAGAGAGAGAGAGACUGAGAGAGAGAGAGACUGAGAGAGAGAGAGACUGAGACAGAGCGACUGAGAGACUGAGACAGAGAGACUGAGCGCGACGGAGACUGAGCGAGACGGAGACUGAGCGAGACGGAGACUGAGCGAGAGAGAGAGAGAGACUCAGAUGGGCAGCAUGUAGAUCUCUCUCUCUCCCUCCAUGGCAGCUCCCAGUCAAUCGUUCACAAUCAGCCACAUGCAUGGACCACAAGCACCUACACGCCUCCAGGCUGAGCAUGCAGCAGGAACAGGACCCACCUCUCAAUCAUCACUAGCAAUAAACACACAGUAAAUGAAAAGGACUGCCCUACCGAGCCAGACAGCGGAGAGACCCUUCUACAACCACACCUCUGUUUCAGUCAUGUCUUCCUGUUUGUCUGGAAGGUAGGUCAUAGUCCUGGUUGUUUGCUUUUGUUUACACUGUGGUGUAUUGCAUUAGUAAAGAUAUUUUACUUUAAGCCACAAAUACUGCAGCUUAUCACAUUGGGAGGAACCUGUUGUUGGAGCAUACUUCUAGUGGAGCAUAUAUUUUGCGGUAUUUAUAUAUGACAAUAAUGCAGACUGAAAUUAUUUAUGAUUUGUUUUUUAUGUUAACUUAUUAAUGGUUCACAACUGUUUAUGAUAGAUACAGUUGAAGUCGGAAGUUUACGUACACUUAGUUUGGAGUCAUUAAAACUAGUUUUUCAACCACUCCACAAAUUUCUUGUUAACAAACUAUAGUUUGGGUAAGUCUGUUAGGACAUCUACUUUGUGCAUGACACAAGUAAUUUUUCCAACAAUUGUUUACAGACAGAUUAUUUCACUGUAUCACAAUUCCAGUGGGUCAGAAGUUUACAUACACUAAGUUGACUGUUAAACAGCUUGGAAAUUUCCAGAAAAUUAUGUCAUGGCUUUAGAAGCUUCUGCUAGGCUAAUUGACAUCAUUUGAGUCGAUUGGAGUUGUACCUGUGGAUGUAUUUCAAGGCCUACCUUCAAACUUAGUGCCUCUUUGCUUGACAUUAUGGGAAUAUCUAAAGAAAUCAGCCAAGACCUCAGAAUUUAUAUUUUGUAGACCUCCACAAGUCUGGUUCAUCCUUGGGAGCAAUUUCCAAAUGCCUGAAGGUACCACGUUCAUCUGUACAAACAAUAGUAUGCAAGUAUAAACACCAUGGGACCAUGCAGCUGUCAUACCGCUCAGGAAGGAGACGCGUUCUGUCUCCUCGAGAUGAACAUACUUUGGUGAGAAAAGUGCAAAUCAAACCCAGAACAACAGCAAAAGACCUGAAGAUGCUGGAGGAAACAGGCACAAAGUAUGUAUAUCCACAGUAAAAUGAGUCCUACAUCAACAUAACCUGAAAGGCCGCUCAGCAAUGAAGAAGCCACUGCUCCAAAACCGCCAUGAAAAAGCCAGACUACGGUUUGCAACUGCACAUGGGAACAAAGAUCGUAGUUUUUGGAGAAAUGUCCUCUGGUCUGAUGAAACAAAAAUAGAACUGUUUGGCCAUAAUGACCAUCAUUAUGUUUGGAGGAAAAAGAAUAGAUGGCAUCAUGAGGUAGGAAAAUUAUGUGAAUAUAUUGAAGCAACAUCUCAAGACAUCAGUCAGGAAGUUAAAGCUUAGUCGCAAAUGGAUCUUCCAUAUGGACAAUGACCCCAAACAUACUUCCAAAGUUGUGGCAAAAUGGCUUAAGGACAACAAAGUCAAGGUAUUGGAGUGGCCAUCACAAAGCCCUGACCUCAAUCCUGUAGAAACUUUUUGAGCAGAACUGAAAAAGCAUGUGCGAGCAAGGAGGCCUACAAACCUGACUCAGUUACACCAGCUCUGUCAGUAGGAAUGGGCCAAAAUUCACCCAACUUAUUGUGGGAAGCUUAUGGAAGGCUACCCGAAACGUUUGACCCAAGUUAAACAAUUUAAAGGCAAUGCUACGAAAUACUAAUUGAGUGAAUGUAAACUUCUGACCCACUGGGAAUGUGAUGAAAGAAAUAAAAGCUGAAAUAAAUAAUUAUUUCUACUAAAUAAAGUGGUGAUCCUAACUGACCUAAGACGGAAUGUCUACUAGGAUUAAAUGUCAGGAAUUGUGAAAAACUGAGUUUAAAUGUAUUUGGCUUAGGUGUAUGUAAACUUCCGACUUCAACUGUAUAUAUGCUCGGACCUAGAACUUUAGAAUCCUUGAGCUCUAGAACCCUUGAGCUCUAGAACCCUUGAGCUAAAGAGGCAGUUUCAAGUCAUCGCAGGACGUUUGCAAUGGCAGGUUGAUGUUGUUUCAGGAUGAUUCCUACAAUAGAUGUUUCAAACAGCCACUUCAGUGCUUCAACCUCUCAUAAUGAGAUCAUGAUGCAAUUGUUUGUUGAUCAGAUGAUGUAAGCAUGUAUUUCUGGGGGUUUUAUCCAACCAGAAAAGAGGGUCUCAUGCUGAUCUGAACGCAUGUGACCAAUCAAAUGAUGUGUCAUUGUUGUCACAAUGUAAGAAAUCAGUAUGUAAAGUAUAUUUCUUUGACAAUGGCUGUUUUGGAUGGCCUUUAUGAGAAGUCAGUUUGGAGAAAGAUCACUUGUUCAUUUCCCUGCUGUAAAACAAUAUAUAGGCGGAUAUAUCGGAAGGUUUUCUCCCCUCAAAUAACCUGUCGCUCCGUCUCUAGUGAUGUUACUGUUUUUAUGGGUGUAUUGUAGCUUGUUCUGUCUCGGCUCCUGGAUUAAUAGUUAUUGUUUGUCUUGGAAAGAGGCAAAGAAGUACUGUACCAAAAAUCUCUGCCUUUUCUCUAUUAGAUGGCUUGCCCUUGUGUAUGCUUCAGACUAGAGACAUAUAUACAGGUAACUGCCAAAGUAAAGGAAGCGCCCAACAUAAAGCAUCUUAAUAGGGUGUUGAGCCAGAACAGCUUCAAUGCACCUGGCAUAGAUUCUACAAGUGUCUGGAACUGUUGGAUGUGAAGACAUUCUUACACCUAGAAGUUCUAUCAUUUUGUGUUUUGUUGAUGGUGGUGGAAAACUCUGUCUCAGGCUCCACUCCACACUCUCCAGGAAGUGCUCAAUUGAGUUAAGAUCUGGUGACACACUUUAAACCCCCUAUGCUCCUUUUUAGACCACUGUUUCAAAGUCACUGAGAUCUCUUCUUCUAGCCAUGGUAGCCAAAAUAAUGGUCAACUGGGCAUGUUUAUACAUGACCCCUAAGCAUCAUGGGAUGUUAAUUGUGUAAUUAACUCAGGAACCACACCUGUAUGGAAGCACCUGCUUUCAAUAUACUUUGUAUCCCUCGUUUAUUCAAGUGUUUCCUUUAUUUUGACAGUUACAUGUAUAUACAGUCUGUAUGACUCUGCUUUAGACUAUAGUAAACAGUUGACUGGU